GUGUGCGUGAGAGCACUUCCGGUGAGUUUGCGUAACGGUAGCAGGGACGCAACUGACUUUUACUUGCAAGGCGGUCUCCUGCCACAACCUCUGAUGCUGCCCAGUGUCCUCCGCUGUGCUCGGCCCAUCUCCACCAGUCUUGCCUUAAGCCGGCCUCUGGCCCACUUCAGACCACACAUGGACCCAGACCCGAGCCGGCCCGUUGAGAGGGCUAUCAGAACCAAACUGACCGACAUGCUCAAGCCGGACCACUUAGAGGUCCACAAUGAAAGCCACAUGCAUGCAGUCCCCCCUGGCUCUGAAUCCCAUUUCCGUGUCCUGGUUGUCAGCUCCCAGUUUGACGGUCUGCCCCUGAUAAAGCGCCACCGUCUGGUUAAUGAGGCUUUGAAGGAGGAGUUGAGUAGCUGCGUUCAUGCACUGGCUAUCCAGGCAAAGACUCCUGAGCAGUGGGGGAGCAACCCCACCCUGGCAAAGAGUCCGCCCUGCAUGGGGGGCUCAAAGGGAGAUCACACAGUGGAGGAGAAACUGAAGGCCGGGCGAGAGUGAAGCGUUGGACUGUGAAGCAGUGGUACUCUUGCUGUUGGACUAUGCUGUAGGAGAGAUUAAUGUGUAAUUUUUCCAGUUUUUAUUUAUGCAUUCUUAGUUUAAUGGUAGUCAGGAUUUGGCAAAAAAUUUAUUUCUAUGGUUAUUCUGUCAUAGUAAAACAUGAAUUGUAAACAUUAAAUCAGUUAUCUGUUUUCAGCAUACAUUUAAGCAAUCAAUUAAAUACUACAGGUGGUAGUAGGCAGGCAUUUUGCACCGCUGCCAAAUACUGUUCAGUGAAUACAAUACAGAGGAAACACUGUAAUUCCUUUGGCUAAAGUGAGGAUUUUCCACAUCAGUGCUUCUGCUCAUAGCUCGCACUCUCAGUGAUUUCAGAUUGGUGGAGUAAUAGUAAUUUUAUUGUCAGAAGGGCUCUUCUUGCCAGGACAAUAAUGGUAUUUACUCAGGCCGAGGUCAAGAGUGGAUGCAUUUGUGCAAGUGAAUGAAAAUAAACAGAAUUCUUCAAAAAAUGGAAAUUUAACAUUUCUGCGAUUCAUGAUUUAAAUUUUAAAUAAUGUUAUUUAACCAGGCAGGAAAUGUAUUAAAGAUGAAGUCUUUACAUAUGCAGUUAGCAAAUGAAAAUGUGAGUGGGGGUAACACUUGAAUUCAGUUAUUUGUUCUUCACCCUAACUGAAUGUAACAGCAAGAAAUAUGAAUCUGUGAACUGUAUUCGACUGAAACAUGAGGCAGUGUCAUUACAUUCAAGUCUUAAGAAGCAGUAUGUAAAGGAUCACGUAUUUUCAAAUUUAUCUAAAUAAAAAACUCACCCAUACACAAA